AUGAGUUUGAGCCAUUUCUGUUCAGUCAACUUCCCUGCCAUCUUGAUCCUAGAACUGGUGAUCACAAGCUUCGCUUCUUGUAGCGCUCUAGGAAACGAGACCGAUAAAAUUGCUCUGCAACAGUUCAGACACCAAAGAGUCACUGCCUUGAACCUCGAUGGGCAAGAUUUGGCAGGGACCGUGUCCCCUUUUAUCGGAAACCUUUCGUUCCUCCAAUACCUGAACCUCGCAAACAACUCUUUGCAUGGUUUCAUUCCUCCGGAAAUCGGGCGCUUGUUCAGGCUUAGAAACCUGAUCUUGAGCCACAACACUUUGGGAGGUGGAAUUCCUAGAAAUCUCUCCCAGUGUCUUAACCUCCUGACUCUCGAGCUCGAUUAUAAUUAUCUCCACGAUCGCAUCCCUUCUGAAUUUGGGUCGCUAUUGAAACUUCAGAAGCUCUCCUUCUCUAACAACAAUCUCACGGGACCAAUCCCUGCUUCCAUAGGAAACCUUUCCUCCCUCCAAGUGCUUGAUCUAUUGAACAACAGCCUGAUAGGAGGAGUUCCAAUUUCUACAAGCAAAACAAGGCUCAAAGUUUUCGUGGUCAGUGAAAACGAGCUGACAGGUAGCUUCCCUCCCGCUCUUUACAACUUGUCAUCCCUCAAUAUCAUAGGUUUGUACCAUAACCUGUUCACUGGCAGUAUCAGGAGAGACAUAGGCCUUCUGCUUCCGAAUCUGGUAACACUUGUCCUGGGAGAUAAUCAGUUCACAGGUCCCAUUCCCGAUUCACUGUCCAAUGCCUCGAACUUAGCAACAAUUGAUAUCCCCUUGAAUAACUUCUCUGGACGUGUCCCGGCCAGCUUUGGCAGGCUUCAAAACUUGAAAUGGCUCAACCUUCUUCAAAAUUUUCUUGGAAGCAGCACAACCGAUGGUCUAAGUUUCCUUGCUGAUUUGGCCAACUGCAGCAACCUUGAAAUGCUGGAUUUACAAUAUAACCAGUUCGAAGGUGAGCUGCCUGUUUCUGUCGGUAACCUCUCAACCCAACUGAAGCAGCUACUAAUGUCAGGGAACAGAAUUCGUGGAAGCAUUCCUGAAGUGAUUACAAACCUCUUUAGUCUAAAUCGAUUAUACAUGGAUGAUAACAUGUUAACAGGCAACAUUCCAAUGUCUAUUGGGAGGCUAUCAAACUUGCAUUAUCUGAACUUGGGCCAAAACAAAUUGACAGGGCACAUGCCUUCAACCAUUGGUAAUAUCACUGGACUGAUUGAUCUGUACUUGUAUGACAACAGCUUCGAAGGAAGCAUACCUUUGAGCCUCGGCAACUGCAAGUCCCUGCAAGAAAUACGCCUUUGUCAUAACAAAUUCACCGGGACCAUUCCUAGCCACAUGAUUAGUCCAUCGUCCCUCGUAAUACUUCUGAAUGUAUCUCACAACUCUCUGUCUGGGCCCCUGCCACCUGAAGUUGGCAACUUAAAGAACCUCAUUUCUCUCGAUGUUUCGUACAAUCAAAUUCCCAGCGAAAUUCCGACAACUUUGGGUGACUGUUUGGGAUUGGAAGAGCUGUAUAUGCAGGCGAACCAUUUUCAAGGACCCAUUCCUCAAUUAGGAGGGUUAAAAGGCAUUCGUUUUCUUGACCUUUCCAAUAACAACCUAUCAGGGCAAAUCCCAGAGUUCUUAGUUAACUUGUCAUCGUCGCUGCAAUUCAUGAAUCUGUCUUUUAACAAUCUCGAAGGCGAAGUAACUGUACAAGGGAUAUUUGGAAACACUAGUGCCUUCAAAGUUGAUGGCAACAAAGAGCUUUGCGGGGGCAUACCUGAACUGCAUUUGCCUUCAUGUCCGGCUAUAUCAAUCCCAAGAUCUAUAAAGCAUAGACUUUCGAAGUGGGUGAUGGUGAUAAUCAUCAUUGCUUCUUCUGCAGUGGCAUUAGUAUAUUUAGCAUUGCUUUUCUGGUUGAGAAACUUGAAGAAGGAACAUCUGCCUACUCACUCCUUGGGCCAUUUUUACGAGAGGAUUUCUUAUGAUGCUCUAUUCAAAGCUACCGACAGAUUCUGUUCAAGCAAAUUGAUUGGUUCAGGUAGUUUUGGCAGUGUAUACAAAGGAACUCUUGGUCCGGAUGGAAAAAUUGUGGCCAUCAAGGUUUUGAAUCUCCAGCAGAAAGGAGCUUUCAAGAGCUUCUUGGCCGAAUGCAAAGCCCUCAGCAGCAUUCGGCAUCGUAACCUUGUUAAGAUCUUGACUGCUUGUUCAAGUGUCGACUCUCAUGGUAAUGAGUUCAGAGCCUUGGUAUACGAGUUCAUGGGAAACGGCAACUUGGACAUGUGGUUACACCCAAACGACGAGCAAAUGCAAUUAAAACCUUGGAGCUUCCUCCAAAGAUUGAACAUCGCGAUUGAUGUAGCCUCUGCUUUGGAUUAUCUUCACCACCAGUGCCAAACUCCAUUGGUCCACUGUGAUCUGAAACCAAGCAACAUUCUUCUCGACCAUGAGUUCACGGCUCACAUCAGUGAUUUUGGAUUGUCGAGGCUCGUUUUCGAGUCUAACGAAGACAUCUUUUGGAGUCAUCUCAGCUCCUCUGCUUUUAAGGGAACCAUGGGUUACAUCGCUCCAGAAUAUGGAAUGGGUGUUCAUCCAUCAACUAGUGGGGAUGUGUACAGCUUCGGGAUCCUCUUGCUAGAGAUGUUCACGGGAAGACGGCCGACAGAUAAUAUAUUUGAAGACGAUUUCAACAUUCAGAAAUUUGUCAAGUCGGCGAUGCCAAAGCGAGCAACAGGGUUCUUGGAUCAAUCGAUUUUCUGUGGGGAAGUAGGUGAAAGCAGUGAUGAGCAAGCAGAUUGGAGUGACUGUGGAAUCGACAAAGCCGAAUGUCUGCUAUCGGUCUUCGAGAUUGGAUUAACUUGCUCAGCAGAAUCACCGAAAGACAGGAAGGACAUGAAUGGAGUUGCACGGGACUUGCUCUCAAUCAGAGACAAGUUUCUCAAAACCCGCGUUCACGAGGAUAGGGUGCAGAGCCCAGCACCAAGUGACACGUUGGAGGAGGCGGCCUGAUCCAUCUCAGGUUAUUGAGCAGACGGAGAAAUUGUAAGUAAAGAUGGGCACGACGUAACUUGUUGGAGCCAGGUUCCUCUUUUAAUGUCAAUGUCAAUGGCAGGCUAGCUCACUUGUCUGUGAAGUCCAUUUGUAAUACAGCCUUUAAGGGGGGCUUUCGACUAUAAGUGGCCACAGUUUGCAAUUUAGGGAGUCUCCAAACUAGCAGCUUCUGGUUGGUCAGAAAGCA